AUGGAAUCACAUAUCAUACCCCCGCACAAAAACAAACGUCCCCCAAAACCUAAACCUCAAAAUCCUAUCGAGUCCACCAUCCGAUCAUUUUUUCAAACACUCCCUUCCACAUUAUUUUCAGAAAUCUCAGCUUCCCUCGACUUACUCAUAUCCACCUCCCCGAAGCGCUGGAGCGUAUCAAAGAAAGAAGGCAAGAAACUCACGCAUCUUGCUAUUAAUGCCGGGAUACCUCUUCACGAGAAAGAGAAAGAAGGAGAAAACGAUGAAGAAAAUAUCUUGAGAAGUCCUAGUGCAUUGCUCAUGUUACAUGGAGAUUUUGGACCCGAUUUCAAAGGUGAUGAACCGACGCAAGAAGAUUUUGAAAAGGCGUUUUGGGUCAGUACGAAACAGAAUGGGAUUGAACAGGUUUGGGCGCCUAGGUGGACUAUGUUUAGUAGGGGGAAUGUGAAGGAGAAGGCUCGGUUAUUGGGGUUUCAUGAUGCUGGUUUGAUGGGUGGGAAUGGGAAGAGGGAGGUAGGGAAGGAAGAGAGGAGGAAUUGGACUGCGGUGGAUUUGUAUGCGGGGAUUGGGUAUUUUGUGUUUAGUUAUGUGAAGAUGGGGGUGGGAAGGGUUGUGGGAUGGGAAUUGAAUGGGUGGAGUGUUGAGGGAUUGAGGAGGGGAGCGAUAGCUAAUGGAUGGGGGAUAAGGGUUGUGAAGAAGGGGGAAGUGGUUGAAGAAGUUGGAGAUGAGAGGAUUGUGGUGUUUUUGGAGAGUAAUGUGGAGGCUGAGAGGAAGUUGGAAACUAUAAAGGGCCUUGGCUUGGUGAAACAUGUAAAUUGUGGUUUCUUGCCCACAAGCGAACCUACAUGGAAAUCGGCUAUGAAUAUUCUGGGAGGGGACGGAUGGUUACAUUUACAUGAGAAUGUCGGGAUUGCAGAGGUGGAAAGAAGGAAGGGGGAGAUUGAGGCGAUGUUCCAAGCCUGGCUUAAGGAACGAGCUAAUGGAAGGAAUGCGACGGUUGAGCAUGUCGAAUUUGUUAAGACUUUUGCUCCCGAUGUCUGGCAUUGUGUUUUUGACGUUUAUGUCGGUAGAUAA